CUCUCUCAAGAACACCAGCUCUUCAAGCUCUGCAUUGGGCAUCUCAUCCAUCCAUUUUCUCUUUCAAUUCCCCCCUUUUUCUUUCCUACACCUGUACUUCCUCACAGAAUGCGGCCGCAGCUGUUUCGUGCGGCCGCCCGGUCUGUCCGGGUCCCAAAGGUCAACAAUCUUAGGUCCUUUGCGACGACAGCCCCUCGCCCUGCUGAAGUGGAACUCACAAUUGAUGGCAAAAAGGUCUCGGUAGAAGCCGGCUCAGCUCUUAUUCAAGCUUGCGAGAAAGCGGGCGCGACAAUUCCAAGGUAUGGAGGCGUGCAACUUAGAUGAACGGCUAAUGUUAACUGAUAACAACAGAUACUGUUAUCAUGAGUAUGCUGAACCCUCCUUGGGAAGGUUACGUUUGUAUCCACUGCUAACAUGACAAAAGAAAACUUAUGAUCGCAGGAAAUUGUACGUUCUAUUUUAACAAACAUAUAAGGCUUUACUAACCUUUCUACAGGCCGUAUGUGUCUAGUCGAAGUU